AUGAUUACAGAUGAUCAAUUUAAAGAUAUGGUAUCCCAUAAUUUAAUAAUUAUAAAACAUGGCAUCAGAAAUUUAAAUGAAAAACUUGAUCUGAUAAUUGAAAGAAACAACAAAUUUUCACAAAACCCUGACAAUAAUUUACAUGAAGAUGAUAUGGAUUACGCAAAUCUCAACUGUAUUUUUCCAAUUGAUGACAUAAAUACCUUGAAUUGUAUUGAAGAACAACUGGCAUCAGAUCAAAAAUAUCAUAAAUUAAUGACAAAUAAACUAGUCGGAUUAGGUGGCAAAACAAUUCAAAUUUAUAUUAAAAGAGUUAUGCAGCUAUUAUUUACGGACGAACUACUACAAUAUUAUUCUUUUAGUGGCCGUGCAAACAAAAAAAAAUGUUUUUCAAAUUUAAUUAUUUCAAAGCUAAUUUUUAGUAAGUAAUUUUGGUUUUAUAAUCAUAACUUUUUGGGGGAGUUAUAAUUGUGUUCUAUUAUACAGUCCAAUGUUAGGUAUAUUUUCUUAUUU